CCGCUCGCCUCUCUCUCUUUCCCGCUGUCAUGGCGGCGGCACAAGGCCCCGGUUCUUUCCUGACCCUCAGGCCCGACUCGGCCUCACCUCUCCCCCGGCAACAGCAGCGCCGCCGGCGCCUCAACAAGAACAAGAAGAAGAACUGGAACAAACACAGCGACAUCACUGAGGUGGAGGAGUUCCUGGAGGAUGUGCGGCUCCAGGAACGGACAGUCGGAGGCCUUGUGUCUGAAAAGUCAGAUGAUAACCUGUUCUUUGUUGACACUGGAGAUGAUGUAAAAGAUCUGAUCCAUAACAAAGGAAAACUGAAGCCUCUGAGAGUUGACCUCAUUCUACAGUCAGACUCCAGAGUGCCAGCACCCAAAGAUAUUUUAUUGUAUCAAAUUCCAAACAAUCGGAAGCUGAGAAGGAAAGUGGAAAGGGAGAAACGUUUUGGAAUUGUCUCCCGGAAAGAACGGCUGCUUAACACUAGAAUCCAGAAACCUGUGGUGAAGACAAAGCCCGUUUCCAACAACAACCCUACCAGGGACUUCUAUGACCUGUGGUCAAACACCAGUCCCCUGGAUAAGGAGCUGGAAGGCAAAGACACGUGGUUCUUGGAACAGACCAAAAAGAAACCACUCAAGCGGCCGUACAAGCUAAACCAAAAACCAUCCCAGGUCUCAGCGAUCGAAGUGAUCGCACCAGGCGGAUCAUACAAUCCCACCUUCGAAUCUCACCAGGCUCUGCUACUCGAAGCUCACGAAGUGGAAGUUAAGAAACUCCGAGCUGAGGAGAAGAUUAAUCGGCAAGUGGCUUUUCCAUCUUCAGAGGAACUUCCAACUGAGGAUACGGUGCUGCAGGAACUGUGUCAGGGUCUGUUGGUGGAUUCGGAUGGUGAAGAACAGGGCAAAGGGUCCAAAGCUGCUGAAGAAUCUAAGGAUGGCCUUGUGUGGCACGCUGUCUCUUGUGAGAAGAAAACAGAGAAGGAGCGGAAAAAACAGAAACUGAUGAAGAAGCAGAAACAUAGGUUAAAGCAGCAGAAGGAAGCUCAGCAGAAACAGCAGGAUCUCUUCCGACUGCGAUCCAUCAAGGGGGAAGUGAAGGAAUUGGAGCAAAAGCUGGCCAAGAGGAAAGCCGAGCGGGUGGAGAAGAGAAAGGUAGAGGCCAACAAACCCCGGCGCCUGGGCCGACUAAAAUACGAAGAUCCUGACCUUGAUGUAAAGCUCAGUGAUGAGCUCACGGGGACGCUUCGGGCUCUGAAGCCUGAGGGUAGUAUCCUUGCUGAUCGCUUCAAGAGCUUACAGAAGAGAAAUUUGAUCGAACCCAGGAUAAGAGCAAAGUUCAAGAGGAAGCACAAGUUAAAAUACGUGGAGAAGCGAGCGUUCCGAGAAGUGACGUUGUGACCUCUGUGCUUGGAAAGGGAAGAGAAUCUCAGCUGAAUGUGAUGUUUGUAUCAAUAAAAUAUCCACAGAAUUUCUGUA